AUGGAAUCGAGUGAUCAUUUGAACAAGUUCAAAGUCGGCUCAGUUCCGACGUUGUACUACAUACCGGACUUUAUCUCCGAUUCCGAUCAAAAACUACUCCUAAAUCAGAUUUACACAGCUCCGGUUUCGAAAUGGAAGUCUCUGAAAAACAGGAGAUUGCAAAAUUGGGGAGGGAUUGUCCAUGAAAAAGGUCUUUUGGCUCAAAAUUUACCACCAUGGCUGACAAAAAUUACAGAAAAAAUCAAGGAGGAAUUGUGUUUGUUUCCUUCUGCAAUCAACCAUGUCCUCAUCAAUGAGUAUCUUCCAAAUCAAGGCAUAAUGCCCCACCAAGAUGGGCCCGCUUAUUUUCCGGUGGUGGCUAUUCUUUCAUUAGGAUCACCUGUUGUCAUGGACUUCACUCUUCAUUCAACUUUAGCAGACACUAAAAGCAACAUUCAAGAAACCAAUCAUGGGAAUUUACAAAACUACCCUCCUUUCUCUAUUGCACUGAUGCCAUGCAGUUUAUUGGUAUUCAAAGAUACAGCAUACUCAGAUUACUUACAUGGUAUAAAAGAUUGUGAAAUUCAACAAUAUGAUGAGGUUGUGAAUGGUAGUGAGGUUGAAAUGCAUGAUGGGGAUUUGAAGGUGGAAAAGGGUUGA